UACCACGUGUAACCACGCAAGCCACGCGACCUCAGACAAACCGCCACGAAUCAAUUGUAAUCAUUUCUUAACCUAACAUGAUUUGAGCUAUCGGUCGUAGUGUUCCACGAGUUGAAAGUUAAUAUUACAAUUUAUUUUUUAGUGCAUUAGACAAUUUAACAAUUAAAAGUGACAUACCAGAAAAAUGAAUCGAUUCGCAGUUACUUUUAUUUUAUUAAUUUGUGCAAUUUCCGGAAUUUUUGGUGAAACUUGCCAAAAACCCGAAGUUGUUGCCUCUGCGUAUGUCACAGAAGAUGCAACAAUUUUAACAAACGUUGCAUUUACAACACAAUUUGUGCUUAAGUGUAGCAAUGGUGUCAAAGGUAUCACGUUGUAUGCAGAAGUUGAAGGAAAAUCUUUGCCAGCAGCUAGGUUAAGCUCUGAUAACAAGUAUCAGGUUUCUUGGACAGAAGACGUGAAAAAGGCACGUUCUGGGGAUUACAGAAUAAACUUAUACGAUGAAGAAAGAUAUGCAGCUAUACGUAAAGCUAUUAGAAAUGGAGAGGAUCCCAGUACUGUAAAACCUUUAGUAGUGGUUGUACUUAAUAAUCCAGGAAUUUAUCUCGGACCGUGGGUCAAUUCUGAACUCCUUGCUGCUCUAUUAGCAGCCUUAGUCACUUAUUCUGCAUUUUCUGCUAAGUUCAAGCUAUUAGCUUAAACACUUUUUUUAUAUAAUUAAUUUUUUAAAUAAAUUAUUGUAAAAAUUAAAUCUAUGAAUUUAUUAAUACAAACAAUACUAUAGACACA